AUCUAGAAACAUUAAAAACAGGGUACAGAGCAGCUAAAACUAACUAAAAUAGAGACAAACUGAAAAUGUACACAUGCGUGUUUUUUUUUUUAUUUUAUUGUACAGCAUCGGAAUUUACUUUACAUUAUAAAAGUUACUGUAUUUAUUAAAAAAUAAAAAAAUAGUUAAAAGAACCCUUUAUAGCUCCUGAUAUGUACUGAAGAGUGUACUGUGUGCAACCUGUCUGCAUCUCUCUAAUCAGUCUAUGCUGCAGGUUUAUAUGCAGAUUAAUCUCCAAAUAAACUUAUAUCUUCUAUGUUUCUUCUAUCUCAAUUUCUUGUAGGAAAUCUGGCUAAAUCAUGAAGAUUGAAUCAUGAAUCAUGAAGCUGACAUGAUUGAAUGCAUGUGAUGAAUGGAUUCACACGGACGAAAUUUGAUGUUGCAAAAAUCUGAAGCACCAGCUGCUGUGAGCUUCAACUCCACUUGGGGAUGCGCAGAGCAGAGGCUUGGAUUCAGUCCAUCUAGAAAACAGGUUUUAGCUUUUAAAACUUCAAGAUGAAUUUCUCAGAAUUCCACGUCUCAGACUUGCUGCUUCCUGCAAUGAACGGCUCGCUCUUCGAUGGAGGAACCGACAGCAUCGGCGGUGAUUUGCUCCUCCACCAAAACGGAGAACUGGAGAGACUCCUGCUGUUGACGAUCCGGGAGCCGACUACCAUCGCCCUCACAGUGAUGUACUCUGUGUCUUUCGUGGUGGGUUUCAUGGGCAACAUCAUGGCGAUCCGGAUGCUCACCAGCCAGAGGAGCAGGAGGGUCCAGAGCGUCAGUGCUACUCGGAGCUUGCUGAUCAACCUGGCUGUUUGCGACUUGAUGGUAGUCUGCAUCUGCAUGCCCAUAACCCUGGGUCACACCAUCUACACAGCCUGGGUCUACGGUGACCUUCUCUGCAGGGCGGUUCCCUUCAUCCAGGCUGUGUCCGUAUCAGCCAGCGUCCUCAGCCUGACGGUCAUCAGCGUCAACAGGUACUACAGCGUCCAUAGCCCGUUGAACGCUCGCUCCUACUUCACCCAAAAGAAGAUCUUCAUAACCAUCGGAGUAGUCUGGAUCCUAAGCUCAGGCAUUUGCGCCCCUCUCCUCUUCAUGGUCAAGCUGGACGAGAUCAACGUGAUCGACAUCACGGUGCCCAUCUGCAGAGAGCUCUGGCCACAUGCGAGACUCAAGCAGGUCUACAAUGUCCUCCUCUUCAUCAUGCUCUACUGCAUCCCAGUGGCCUUCAACCUGACCAUCAGCUUCCUCACUGGCCGGAAGCUCUGGAGGGCAUCGCAGAGCUUCGACAGCUUUGACCCUCACAGCCAGGUGGUGUACGCCUCGUGCCUGAAGAUGCGCAAGAAGAUCGCCAAGGUAGUCGUGACCCUGGUCCUGCUGUUCGCCAUCUCCUGGCUGCCUCUGUACGUGGCUGAUAUCCUGAUUGACCGAGAGAUCCACCCUCCACACUGGAUCCUGCAGACCCGGCCGUUCGCCCAGUGGCUCGGCCUCACCAACUCCAGCCUCAACCCCAUCUGCUACUGCUUCUUAGGAGACCUGCACCGCUCCGCCAAGGUGCUCAAGUCCAAGUACCACCAGCGGGUGGUGUCUCUGCUCAGGACUUCCAGCUCUAAAAAGCUGCCAAGGCUGCUCUCUUUCAAGCGGCAGUCAUCCUCCAGCCAGAGGCACGGUCCCAGGAUUCAGGUAUCUGAGGAGACACUCUCGGACUGGUGCUCCCACACCAGCAUUGGGGACUCUAACCAGAUGCUUUCUCUGAAAAGCCUGUCAGAGAGAGCAAGCUCCAGGAGCACCCCCGACCUAACUGGACUGUAGAUGUAGAUGUGAGGUGAACUUAGCCAUUAGCUGUGGGCUUGGGGACAGUGUACAGCUGCAGAGUACAGCUAAAGUUAUGUGUUGCUGCUCUUCUUGCUCUCCUGCAUCCACAGUAUCAUGAAAGUUUCAUGAGGGCAUGAAAUUUAAGUGGACGUGGUCAUCAACUUGAAAAACUGGGCUCUAACAUAAGCAUAGUAAUCAGCCAAGGGCUAAUUUAUGCUUCUGCGUCAAAUCGUCGUAGCCUGCAGUAUGUGUAGCCAAAUAUUCUAGGUCUUUCCAUGUGCUGUACCCUAAUGUGCAUUCCCCCAAAUCAUCAAAUCUACGUGCAUUUCCUAAUUUUUUUCUCUGGUGGUGAACAAGCAAAGAAAAUUCACACUGUUUCUGCUUAUUUGGUUCAAUGGCUAUGCAGCACAAUGUCGCAGAUGCAACAAGAGAUGCACCACUUUGAUAUUGAGAUUUAAUAACAGACUAAGCAUCAAUAUAUAUAUGAAUAAUUGAUUUGACAAUGUCUUUAAAUUAAAAAUACUAAAAUGGUCACAGGUUUGAAUCCAGAGUCAUGCUGCUUGGCAUCAGCAGCCAGAGUCCAAGAUAGAACAAUUGGCGAUAUUCCCUCUGGGUGGGAAGACGGUAUUCUCUGUCCUUACAUAGUGUUAAAAGCUGGUCAGCACAGACAUCUGGGUUUCUGCACUUUUCUCUGAGUGCACUGUAUCAGCAGCAGUUGGAAAAGAAGAAGAGUCAGUCUUCACAUGUAUCGGAGGAGGCAUGCACUAGUCUUCACUUUCCUAGUGAUAGGGGAAGGUUUAACAGACCAAGCGCCAAUAUAUAGUGGACUGCUCCAUUCCAGCCAGGAACUAUUGCUAUUUGUGUUAGCACUGCAAUUCAAGCAUGUUCAGCGUAACUCUUGGCAUUAACUAUUACCCAGCUAUCCUAGAUGUUGUGUAUCACAUUUGUAGGUUUAGUAAUGAGCAUAAACACACAUCUACACAUAUCAAAGCAAACAGACUUACACUAUGUAACCAGCAGUGUUC